AUGUUCUCAUCUAAUCCAUCGAAAUAUCGAGGCGAAAGCUUCUCAAAACACCGAGCCAGCAAAUCGAAGUCACACAAGAAAAACCCCUCGUUCAGGGAUUCUCCAAGGAAGAUUGAAAAGCUCGCACAGCAAGCCCAAGCUGCCUCUCCUCAGUCUCAGACUUCUCCAACUCUUGGAAGUCCGAUCAUCACGCUUUCCGUUGGACGAGAGCAACGACUCUUCGCAGCUCACGAAGAUGUUCUUUGCCAUUCGCCGUUCUUCCAGUCGGCUUGCCGAGACCAAUACUUUCAAACGACCAACAAACGUAUCGAGCUUCCUGAUGACGAGCCAGAAGUGUUCUCUUCCAUUCUUGAAUACCUCUACAAAGGCGACUACUAUCCUCGUCUUGAGUACGAUAAGCGACGCAACAGCUGGAGCCUUGAGGAUGGUGGCAAUGGCAACGGCGUAGGUGAAGCCGUCAUCAACACCCACGUCGGUCCGAUCCUCAAAGACACGAUCAUCUACUGCGCUGCCGAGAGGUAUGGUCUUCAGGAGCUGAAGAAGCUUUCCCUGAGGAAGCAAGGCCUCCAGUCUGGCAUUCAAUGCAGCACCAUUCUUUCGUCGGCUCGCUUUGCAUACGCCAACACUCCGGACAACGACUCGAAGCUGCGUGCACACUAUCUUGCUCUCAUCAUCCGCGCCCGCCACACGUUCAAGCGAAGCGGCACGAUGCAGCAGGAAAUGGAGAACGGUGGAAAACUGUUCUUCGACCUCUUCGUCGCUAUGGUCAACCACAUGGAUGACCUCGGCCAGAAGUCCCCGCAUUAA